AUGGUCAGCUUACAAUCCAUUGAUUUUUCAAACAAUGCUUUAGAAGGUCCUCUUCCUAGUAGCAAAGCCUUUCAGAAGGCUUCAGCAAAGGCAGAGAAUACAUUUGGAGAUAUAAGUGGCAAGGUAGUAGCGGACUUUGGUUGUGGUUGUGGUACAUUGGGUAUUGCAGGUGCUCUUUUGGGUGCCGAACAUGUGGUUGGCAUUGACAUUGAUUCUCAAUCUUUAGAAAUUGCUUCAUUAAACGCUGCAGAUCUUGAGUUGGACAUAAAUCUUAUCUGGUGUAACAUCAAAAAUUUAAAAUGGAGAGGUAAACAUUUAAUCCAUUGUCUUGUUCUUUUGUUGAAUACUGAGGACAGAAAAAGGGUGCAUUUGGAAAAAAAAAAAAAUACUAUUUGCAUUGAACAGAAUGGGCAACUCAACUACCCCUGCAGAAAAAAGAAAAGAAAAAGACUUGAAAAAAAGGUUCUGUAUCCAAUAAAUCCUAUUUAUGUAGGCAAAAUAGUCGACGCUGUUGUAAUGAACCCUCCAUUCGGGACUCGGAAAAAAGGUUCCGACAUGGAUUUUCUCUUUACAGUUUUGAAGGUUGCCUCUCAAGCAGUCUAUUCAUUGCAUAAGACCACAACAAGAGACCACGUGAGACGAGCGGCCUUACGUGAUUUCAAUGCUAAAAGUGCCGAGGUUUUGUGUGAGGGGUCAUUCUAUUGUGGUGCCGGAGCUGACAAGGCACUUGGACGAUCCUGCAUUUGGACGAUUUCUGCUCCUAUUAUACUUGCAACCGGUGAUCUAUUGUAUUUUGAAAUUUGUUUAUUUAGAAAUGUGAAUGUAGAAUGCAUUGUAUGA